AUGGAAGGGAAUGUUGAUAUUGGGGCUGCUAAUGCGAAGCUUGAGUUGGAUAAUGCGAACCUUGGUGCAGCCCUCAAGGAUAUGAGAGGCCGAUUGGAAGGCAAAAAUGAGAUGGUUUCCAACCUCGAAAGGGACCUCACCAAGGCGACUGCUGGCAUUUCGAACAUUCGCAAGAAGUUGGACGAUGUGAAGAUGGGGCAGCGGGCUGCUAUGGAUGAUCUGCGCAGGGAGAAAGCCAAGGUAGUGGAGGUGGAGACAGAGCUAGAGGUGGUCAAGGCUAGGCUGGAGGACGCGAACGCGACCACCGCCGAGUUUAGCAAGACGGAAGAAGCCCUUAACGAUAUGAUUAUUGUGCUCCGGGGACGUAUCGCCAGACUGACUGAGGGGGCGGAGGACAACAAGUUGACUGAGCAGGUACUGCGGGCGGAAAUAUCCAGCCUCAAGUCGGAGCUACAAGCUCUCGAGGAGCAGAAGGAGGAGCUUCGCAGGUCAUUCAGGGAUAGUCAGACUGCUCUCUCGGACAGUACUGAGAAGUUGUCAGCUCUGGAGUCUGAUGUUGUCAUGAAUAAUAAGAAACUCGCCAUGGUCAAGAAUUCGCUCGCUAAGGAGAAGGGCGCCCGGGCGGAACUUGUGGGUGAUUUGAAAGAGGAGCGCUCCAAGAGGAGAGAUGUCGCUGCAGAGCUGGAACUUCUCAAGGAAUCGUCAAAAGCGAAGGUUGCGCCAGCGGGAAAGCGGCUGAACUUGGCCAACCAGAAGAUGAUUGACCUCGAGGAUGGGAUCAAGGCUGCUAGGAGGGUGGCUGCUGAUGCUGAGUCGAAGCUCGAUGAUGCCCAAGCCGAGAUUAUUUAUCGCGACCGUCGCCUGGCGGCGGAGACGGACAGAUAUCAAAAGAAACAGGCCGAACUUGAGGAGGCUGAGAGGCGGGAGGAGGACUACGACCCUGAGCACCUCUACAAACAGCUCGAAGAGGAGAAAGCAAACCAUGCCGCGAGCGUCUCCCGUCUCGAGGAUGAAGUUGCUGAUUGCGACAAGGAGUUGGCGGAGGAGAAGGCAAAUCAUGCCGCCAGCAUCGUCCGUUUCGAAGCUGAAGUUGCCGAACGUGAUAACGAGUUAGCUGAGGAGAAGGCAAGGCAUGAGCAAACAAUUGGCAGCUUGGAGGCUGAGAAAGCUAGCCACAUGGUUCCAAAGGGGAAGCUCUCGAGGGAGAUAGCAAACCAUACGGCGACGGCCGAUGCACUCACAGUUGAGCGGACCCAGCACCAGACAACGGCGAAGUUGCUUGCGACCGAGCAGUCGAACCACCAGAGUACAAGCAAAGCCCUCGCGACCGAGCAGGCAAACCACCGGAACACCAUUAACGCCCUCACGACGGAGCGGUCGAACCACCAGAACACAAGAACCGCCCUUGCUACGGAGCAGACGAACCACAGGAACACGAUCAAUGCCCUCGCGACUGAGAAGAUGAACCACAAGGCGACCGCAGAUGCCUUAGCCGCCCGGCGGAACGCCCACCAGCAGACGAUGAACUUCUUGGCAUCGGAGCAGGCAAAUCAUCGUAAUACAGCCAACUCGCUCUCGUCGGUGAAGUCACAGCUUAAAACGGCCAACAACACCAUCACUUCAAUGCGCGUCUCGGGUUCACACGAGAAAUGUGUUGUCAUGAGCGGGUGGAAAGGCUCAUGGAGCGUUACGGGAGACUCUUUGACAGGUACGAGAAUCCACUUCCUCGAAUUGGGAAAGACGUGGUACGACUGGCCGUACCCCGAAGGCUUGACCCAGAGGGCUAGCGGCAAGUGGGUGGUCGAAUGGCGCCGGGAGAUAUAUGUCGAUAGUGACUAG